GAAUAUUCUGAUUUGUUCUCCCCAACGGAACCAGAAUGUUCUGGUGUGUUCCUUCCAACAGAACUGGAAUGUUUUCAUCUGUUCUUUCCAAGGGAACCAGAAUGUUCUGAUUUGUUCUCUCCAACGGAACCGGAAUGUUCUGAUCUGUUCUCUCCAACGGAACCGGAAUGUUCUGAUCUGUUCUCUCCAAUAGAACCGGGUGGACUAGGUUGAAUAUUUAUUUGACAGACAGUGCAAUGUUAUUCCCCACAGGGAGUGAGUGAAUGGAUAUCUGUCCAAUCACAGACGACGCCAAUCACAGACGUUGAAACCUGUCCCAUCAGUCAGAUCCCGCCCCCCUCUAUGUUGAGUACUGUUAAAGAGAGUGAGGUCACCCACCCUUGACCUCUGCCUGGAUGGCCUUUAACCCUUGACCUCCCAGACGCUGCUUUCCAUAGUGCCACACCUCAAACGGCAUCCUACACCACACUUCUCUUGACCCAAGCCCUGCGUUGCAGUCUGUUGUCUGUAACCUAUAACUAGUCUAGGGAGAGACCUGUUGUCUGUAACCAGUAACUAGUCUAGGGAGAGACCUGUUGUCUGUAACCAGUAACUAGUCUAGGGAGAGACCUGGCUGGCUUUAAACCUGCUUUAUUUAAAUGAAUGUAACACACAUUAUUAUAUCCUUUUGGCUAAAUCCCAAAUGGCACCCUAAAUGACCAGUUCAAAAGUAGCGCACUUUAUAGGGAACAGGGUGUCAUUUGGGCCAAAUAUAGGAUCAUUUGACUGUAGCCUUCUGCGUUCAGCAGAGACCACUUUUUCCUUGUUGGCACUUUAUCUGUUGGUUAGUAGGUGCUAUUGAACCUUUUGAGCCAUACGCUAUUGGGUUAGUCAGGCUGAUCAACAAGUGUCAAUGAGGUAUUGGGUUAGUCAGGCUGAUCAACAAGUGUCAAUAAGGUGUUGGGAUCAACAAGUCUCAAUAAGAUGUUGGGUUAGUCAGGCUGAUCAACAAGUGUCAAUAAGGUGUUGGGUUAGUCAGGCUGAUCAACAAGUGUCAAUAAGGUGUUGGGUUAGUCAGGCUGAUCAACAAGUCUCAAUAAGAUGUUGGGUUAGUCAGGCUGAUCAACAAGUCUCAAUAAGGUGUUGGGUUAGUCAGGCUGAUCAACAAGUCUCAAUAAGGUGUUGGGUUAGUCAGGCUGAUCAACAAGUCUCAAUAAGGUGUUGGGUUAGUCAGGCUGAUCAACAAGUCUCAAUAAGAUGUUGGGUUAGUCAGGCUGAUCAACAAGUCUCAAUAAGAUGUUGGGUUAGUCAGGCUGAUCAACAAGUCUCAAUAAGGUGUUGGGUUAGUCAGGCUGAUCAACAAGUCUCAAUAAGGUGUUGGGUUAGUCAGGCUGAUCAACAAGUCUCAAUAAGGUGUUGGGUUAGUCAGGCUGAUCAACAAGUCUCAAUAAGGUGUUGGGUUAGUCAGGCUGAUCAACAAGUGUCAAUAAGGUGUUGGGUUAGUCAGGCUGAUCAGCAAGUCUCAAUAAGAUGUUGGGUUAGUCAGGCUGAUCAACAAGUGUCAAUAAGGUGUUGGGUUAGUCAGGCUGAUCAACAAGUCUCAAUAAGGUGUUGGGUUAGUCAGGCUGAUCAACAAGUGUCAAUAAGAUGUUGGGUUAGUCAGGCUGAUCAACAAGUCUCAAGCCUCAAAUACCUUAGUAAUAUAUUCUGUCUAUGGACUCAUGCUACUCAUUUUCACUGGGGGUUGUGUCCCAAAUGGCAACUCAUUCUGCUAUUCUAUAAGUGGAAUAAGGUGCCGUUAGGGAGACAAGCCGUCUCAGAACAUACGCUGUUAAACCAUUGAGUACAUUACUGUGCUGUUACAUAUUUAUAUAAUUUGUAAGUAUGCAUUAUUAUCAUUAUUUUAUAUUUGUAUACAUGCACUAGUUUUUAAGUGUGCAUUAUUUUUCGGGACAUGAAUCAAACUGACGUGUAAAAAAAAAAUAAAGUACUUUUUUGUUAA